GAGAGCAGAGGAGCUUAGAGAGAGGAUCUGCAUUGUAAGUAGCUCUGAGAGCAGCAAGUGGUGGCUGUUUUUCAACCUGUUUUUGUUUUACCGAGGAGGCUGAGAACAAGACGAAGAAGAAGAAGAAGAAGAACCAGGCAGAAGAGCACAGUUUAAAAAAGUCUGAGCUGCGAUUUAAAAAAAGGAGAGGAAAAAAAGACGAGGGAGGAGAAGGGAGAAAAGAAGCCGGGAGGAACACAAGGCAGCAAUGGAUAGCAGAGUGGCUCAGUCUGACCCUGGGAUGGCCUGGAUUCACACACUGCUGCUGGCCACCAUCCAGCGCACACACUAGGCUGCUAACACCAAUGAGCUCCCAUGUGUUCGUUCAGCCAUGCUCCCUGGGUAUGGAUUCUCACCUUUCCCUGAUUUCCAGCCCCACCUUUACGCUUUUCGCUGCCGAGGAGAGAGUCCUAGCAUGUGGAUUCCUGGCUCAGGAGAGUCCCAGGCCCUAAACGAGGCCCAGGAGGACAGGCCUCUCCUCCACCCGUGCCACCACAAGCAUAUCGCUGUGUGCCAGCAGGAAACACUGGCUUUUAUUGAGCUACAACCGCCAGUGGCUCCCAAACUAAACGGUCUUGGCUCUCCGAGGCCAACUGUUAUUCCAAACACACAAUGCACAACACACUCCCUGACCCUGAAUGGUUUCAGACACACACUAAAUGAACUGAAUGACAUGCAGAACGGCUGCCACAGGACAGACAAUGAGCAUGAAACAACGCUGAGUUUAAACUCUGAUACACCUGCAAGUGACGGUGAGCUUGAAUGCCAUAACAGCAUCAGGACUUCUUUGCAGGAGCAGACUGAAAAACCUCACGCUGUCACAACAGUAUGUCGUCCUCUCCACGCAGCUCUUAGCCUCCCUCUGUCGCUCCCUCUGUCCUCUCUAUACACAAACAGAGACUCCUGGGAAUCUCAGUUACCUUGCUCUCCAUCCUCACCUGAAGUUCCUGGGUUUCAGAGCCCAGAUUCCUGCCAGCCACAGAGGAGGACAUCCCAGGGUUCACUAAAAGAAAAGUCUAUCCGACGGAAGAUGCAGAUUUAUUCCCCAGAAAGCCCGAGCGAUGAAUCUCUCAGCAGUCCAAUCCUGGAUGCAGACUACAUCUUCCCAGGACCUUUUGCAUCUUUCCUGGAGGAGGACCUUAGUGGAUUAUCUUCCCUGGAGGCCAUUUCAAGUCCUUCAUCCACAGACGGUGUUACUGAUCUCCCAAACUUCAGUCAUGAUGACAUUUUUAAUCUACCUGCAGAACCACUGCAGAUAAUAGAGGACUCAAUACCAGGGGUGGGGGAAGACAGUGUAAGUGUAGAGACAUCCAGUGCCACGGGGGGGAGCUUCUUGUCACGCAGCCGCCAAGGGGACCAAGAGCGGCGGCGCUUCUCUGCCUCAGAACUGAUCUCUAGACUGCAGCUGUCUCAAAGGAAGAACUCCUUCACCUUGAAGCUGGGGAAGUCGCUGUCUGCACGGGUAGCCUCUCGGGACCGGCAGAGCUCCAACAGCCUCAGCGCCAAUCCUGAGUAUAAGUCCAACUCAAAGCACCGCAGCUCAGGAGGUUCUAGUGACAGUGCCCCCCACAGCCCUGUAGGACCUGCACCUUCUCUGCUGUCCAGCAGUGACAAUGGCCUGCCUUUGCAUCGGUGGAGCACAAAACUCGGAAUGCGAAAGAAAUCCAUAGAGGAGGACUUGGGCAUACUUCCAACUGUUGCAAGUUCAAAUCGUUUAUCACGGUUUUUGCCUAGCUUGAUUUUGUACCAGGAAUACAGUGACGUCGCCAUCAACAGAGAGAUCCAGAGACAGCAAGGGAAGGAGCCAGGCACAGAGGAAGAGGGGCUCAGGGAUGAGGGGUCAGACGGGACCCCAUCUCCUUCCAAUCUCUCUCCAUCGAGCUCCUUCCGCUCAUCACGAGGCUCUGCUUUUGCACUGUGGCAGGACAUACCUGAUGUUCGAUGCAGCGGGCAGCUCGACAACUUCAGCAACGAGGAAAGGAAAUUACAGGAGGCAAAGUUUGAGCUGGUGACAUCUGAGGCAUCAUACAUUCGUAGUUUGACAAUCGCAGUGGACCACUUCAUGUUGUCGCAGGAGCUUGCUGAGUGUCUGGGAGCUCAGGAUAAGCAGUGGCUCUUCUCCAAGCUGCCCGAAGUCAAAGAUGUCAGUGAGAGGUUUCUUCAGGACCUGGAGCACAGGCUGGAGGAAGACAUUCUGCGUUUUGAUGUGUGCGACAUUGUCCUGGAACAUUGCCCGGCUCUGCGAAGGGUUUAUUUACCUUAUGUAACCAACCAGGCUUACCAGGAGCAGACAUACCAGCGUUUGCUGCACGAGAACCCUCGUUUCCCCGGCAUCCUGGCUCGUUUGGAGGAGGACCCCGUCUGCCAAAGACUUCCUCUGACCUCUUUUCUAAUCCUCCCGUUUCAGAGGAUCACGCGGCUUAAAAUGCUAGUGGAGAAUAUCUUAAAGAGGACGACUCCAGGCUCCCGAGAUGAGGACACUGCCACGAAAGCUUUCAAUGAGCUGAAAAAGAUCAUCAAAGAAUGUAACUCCAGUGUGCAGUCAAUGAAGAGGAUGGAGGAACUGAUUCACCUCAAUAAGAAAAUCCAUUUUGAGGGAAAGAUCUUUCCUCUGAUCUCUCAGUCCCGCUGGCUGGUGAAACACGGCGAGCUCCUGGAAGUGGACACUCAGACGAUGAGUAUUUCUGGAUCAAAGCUCAAGUUACCCACCAAGCCUGUGUACCUCCACCUGUUCAACGACUGUCUCCUGCUGUCCAGGAGGAAGGACACGUGGAAGUUCAUGGUGUUUGUGCACGCCAAGAUAGGAGAGCUGAAAGUGAAGGAUCUCAGUCAGAAGCUGCAGGGCAUCUCAGGCUUCAUCUUCCAUCUGCAGCUGUGUGAAGGCCAGCAGCUUAAACACCAGAUCCUGCUCAAAUCACACACUGAGAGCGGGAAGCAGAGAUGGAUCACAGCAAUGUUUCCAUCUGAUCCGCUCGAAGACAUCGAGCAAGCCAGCGAGAAUGAUGAUAUAUCCCAGGUUCAGUGCAUCAAAAGCUAUCAGGCCCAGGAGCAUGAUGAGUUAACACUGGAAAAGGCUGACAUUCUUCAUGCUAAGACCAUUACAAGUGAUGGCUGGGUGGAAGGCAUCAGACUGUCUGACGGGGAACGGGGCUGGUUCCCCAAAACCUACGUGGAGGAAAUCACAAGUCGCAGUGCGCGCCUCCGCAACCUUCGAGAAAAUAUUCGCAUCAAAUGUGUCACACAGAAACUGGAGGGGGAAGACUAACCAUUUCUACUGCAACUUCUCGUGUGUCAAAGCUGCAUCUCAGUUUCAAAUUUGCAUUUUUAAGCUUCCGGAUCUAGUUCUGAUUUUAAUUGUAAACCUACAUAUGUAUGCAGUAUGCAGUAUGCAAGUGCUAAAACAAGCCAACGUGUUCUUCACAUGGAUGCCAAACUGUGUAUCAGCAUUUUCCUUAAGCAUGCUAGCUGGGAAUACAGUUUUGAUAUGAGAGUGCAAAGCUAUUAAUGCUCUUUUACAGCUUUAGUUUAAAAGGCUUUUAUACAAUAAGAGUUAAAAGUUCAGAUUUUUAACUCUGAAGUUUCUAGACUUUGUAGAAGCAGUAACUUUAUGUAUGGUUUCUGUAAAUGCAUUUUAUUACCAUUUCAAAGUCUGAGAACAUUUUCUGGCAUCUCUGUGGUAAGUGUGGUAUAUAUACAUGUGCAUUUUCCAGCACAAGUAGUAAAUGUGAACAUAUCCAAAGGUAAAUGUGUACAUUUCUAGGUUCGUGUCAGAGGAGAACAGUAGAAUGAGGCUAACUCACUUUAAAGUGGUGUUUCAUGUGGCCAGAGUCUGGUGCAGUCAGCUGAACUCUGUGAGAUGCAGGAGGAUUCAUUUUAUCACACCAGAAAAUCGCUGGAGGCAAAUCCUGCUGCUGAGCUGCACUGGGACACAUCAGAGGCCUUUUAUCUUUGUCUUUGUUCACACUGAGUGCUGCUUCAUUUUCAGGGGCCAAAUGAGAAGCUUUUCUGUUGUGCUGUCCACGUAUUGAACAAAAAAGAACACUAGUUAAGAGAGGAAAUUAAAGCCUGAUGUGUUUUUUAUUUUAGUCCAUCCAAUAUUUGAUACACUACAGUGCAUCGGUGUGCAACAGUUCAUUUCCAUCCAUGUGUUAAAAGAUGUGGAUUGUUGAAACAUCUUUGUCGCGACACCCUCCCUGUAUGUGCUGUGGUCUGUAGUAAGAAUUUGGACUGCGUGAACUCUGAUGGUUUGCCAGUCAAGGCAACUGCAAAUGAUGAUUUUCACGAUUCUACUGUAACAUAAAUGAAGGACAGACUUUCCUCUUUACAAGGCACCAUUACACAAAUACUUUCUGAUAAAAGGACACAUUCUUUAUUUUUAUUUUUGUCAACAAAGUCCGUGAAAAUACCAAAACCAACAAUGAAUUGAUUCUACUGACAAGAACUGAGAACUGUGUGUGAGCUCCGUUAUUUUCCAAAAAGUAUUAAAAACACAUUAGUUCAGUGAGCCACACUAACAUGUUCCUUCAUUACCCUGAACACACUGUAGUCUCACCGUCCUGCUGACGUAAAUACUGACUAGAGCACCAAAUGUGUAUUAAUCCAUCACUGAAAUUAGUCCCCAACAAAUGCACUAUUCACUCUUG